GAACGAGAGGCUGACCUCUGCAUGCAGUUUUAUUCGGACAGCAUCGGAAUCGCAGAUAAGAGACUCAUGGGAUAUUAGUGAGAGACUGUGACAGACUCGAGGUGAGAGAGACGAAUUUGGCCAGGCUUUGCUGCUUGGAGCGUUGGGCUUUUUCAGAUGUUCCAUGUUUUAAUUUAGGAGGGGCGUGAGUCAGUGUCGAGGGAGACUAUAUGAGUCAGACAAGCUAGUAUGCACUUCUCCAUUGCAGUCAUCUUGGGAUACCUUCUCAGUGCAGCAUCGCUCUUGGACCCUGAAGAAGACCCGCACACUGUGUCUCAGUCAGGGGGAGGUGUUAGCUGUUGGUGAAGUCUGGUUUGAGGUUUGCUGUGGUCCUGCACCCUUAUGCCUCUGCAGUCAGAUAUUCUGCGGGAAGUCUGGACCUCAGACAACGACCAGGAUGAAGAUUGCGCUUCCCAGCUGCACAGACAGGAUCCGUCCCGGAGUAGAAACCCAAAAAGAAAAAGCAAGAGCCCAGCGUGAAGCAGGCCAACGGCACAGAGAGCAAACCCAGGAAGACAAGGAAGAGCGAUGAGCUCCAUCCACCAGAGCAGGAGAGUACUGCCACACAGAAUGGAAAGAAAGUAAAGAAAAAGAAACACGACAAAGAAAAGGAUGAGCCGGCAGAAAAAGAACCAAAGAAAAAGACUAAAAUGAUACCCAAAAAGAAGAAAGACUCGGUGGACGAUGAUGACGGAGAUGAGCAGGAUGACCCCCCAGAAGAAGCUCCCGCUAAAAAGACGAAAAAGAAAACUCAAAAAGACACGGCCUCCGGAGACGCCGUGGACAAGAAAACCAAAACCAAAGAACAUUGUCCCUUUUCUCAAGAGGAGAAAAAUGACACAGAAGCCAAAGGGAAGGUGACUAAACCCAAGAAGAAGGAGUCUGCCUCCAUGUUCCAGAUACACGGGGACAAACCAGAGGCCAAGGGGAAAAAGAAAGAGUCAAAGUCAGAAGGCGAGGAGAGCGGCAGUGACUCCAGACAGAGCAAGACCAAGAAGAAGAGCACAGCAAACACAGCAAACCCCGCCACGAUGUUCCAGACAGGGGGCGAGGCCAAAGACAAGAAGGGCAAGAAGAAAGGUCCUGCGAAAUCAGAGGAGAACAAAAGCGAGGAGGAAAACGAAGCAGCCCCGAAAAGCACCAAGAAGAAGGGCAAGGGCAAAAAGACCAAAAAAGAGGAGCGCCCCCCGUCGCCCGUCAUCGAGGUGGACAAUCUGGAGGAGUUCGUGCUGGGGCCCGCCCCCCAGGGUGUGACGAUCAAGUGCAAGGUCACCCGCGACAAGAAGGGCAUGGACCGGGGCCUCUACCCGACCUACUACCUGCACCUCGACAACGACAAGAAGGUGUUCCUAUUGGCUGGGAGGAAACGCAAGAAGAGUAAAACGUCCAAUUACCUGAUCUCUAUAGACCCCACAGACAUGUCCCGGGACGGGGAGAACUUCAUCGGAAAGUUGAGGUCCAAUUUAAUGGGGACCAAAUUCACUGUGUUCGACAACGGGAUCAACCCUGACAGGGCGAACUCUGAUUGGUCGAAAGUGCGCCAGGAGCUCUCGGCUAUCAUUUAUGAGACCAACGUUCUGGGAUUUAAAGGCCCUCGCAGGAUGACUGUGAUCAUUCCUGGGAUGAACGAGGAUAGUGAGCGCGUGCCGAUUCGACCCAGGAACGAUAAUGACGGGCUCCUGAUUCGCUACCAGAACAAGAACAUGGAGAACCUGAUCGAGCUGCACAACAAGACUCCGGUGUGGAACGACGAGACGCAGUCCCACGUGCUCAACUUCUCCGGGAGAGUGACGCACGCCUCCGUCAAGAACUUCCAGAUCGUGCACAGCAAUGACGUGGACUACAUUGUGAUGCAGUUCGGGCGAGUCGCAGACGAUGCCUUUACUCUGGAUUUUAAUUACCCCCUGUGCGCUGUGCAGGCGUUUGCCAUUGCACUGUCCAGCUUCGAUGGCAAGCUGGCCUGUGAAUAGAGGAGACGAAGGACAGCCACGCCCUCGAGGAAGCGAGACAGCGAGUCGGGACAGGCUGCCCUUUAUGUUUGUUUGUUUUUUUAAAAACUUCUAACCAAUUCCCCACGUUGGACGUGUCCAUGGAAGAGCAAGAAGGAUGACAAGCAGGUGAAGGGAUGCUGGUGUUUUGACGGCUCGAUUACUCAGAGACUGCAAUACAUGCGGGAAAAGAAAACCUUCUCCCAGCUAAUCCAAUUCAAAACUUACAUUUACAAUACAUCAAUUAGGAAUCCAGAUUGUAUCUCUGAAAUCUAUCUUUUUUUUUUCUUCAUUUUUGAUAUAUUUCAAAUAUAUUCUAAACAUUAAAAAUAUAUAUCCUUAUAAUCAUGGAAAAUGUGUAAACUAUGUAUGUCUUCCAGAAUAAACAGGGAUGGUAAUUA